UUAUAAUACACGAAACAUAAAAGAGCUGGAUUCCCCCCAUUAAGUAUAACAAUACUUGUGUCGCGAGACCCCGCUCUUCCAUUAGGAAAUAGGGUAAACACCAACAAACUGUACUUAAUUAAUAUACAAUUUACAAAUUUGAUAAUUAUUUACAGAUAAGAUUAGAUAUACUGACUGAACCAACUUAAAACUUGUUAGACUUUGAUUGAAACCAAUCCUACAUACAAGACUUUAUACUUACGACAUAUUAAGACACUUAAUAUUAACCGCUUAAGACGAAAAUUAUUGAAUUCUAAUGGCUCCUCUACACGAUGAUGGCCCAGCGCUGGACCAGCGAGAUGGCCCUGCGUCCUGGACCAGCGCCAUAAGCCAUCCGACACCACCACUACCCUCUCUACACGCUGGCCCAUCUUAGUUGACCAGUGUGAUGGUCCAUCAUGUGGAAAAACCAUAAAGUUUACAAUCCUCUGUUUCUGCAAAAUAUUUGAUAAACAUGAAUAGGCAAAUUCAAUCUCAAUGAUUAGAUAGAGACCUACCUAAUGUAGAUAGACGUAUCGUAUUUAUAUCUGAGUGUAAGUUAUACCACAUCAGUUUGGAUAACUCGAGUGAACGACAAGCGUUUAAAAUGGUGAAACAAAGGAAAUAUGUCGUGAAGAAACAUUUCCAGGGAGUUCCAAAGCGGGAUGACUUCGAAAUCGUGGAAAUCGAACUACCCCCAAUCAAAAAUGGGGAAAUCCUUAUCAAAACCGAAUGGAUUAGUGUGGAUCCCUACCAGCGCGCCUACAACUCCCGCUACCCCGUCCCCUACGACCAAUUCGGAUACCAAGUUAGUGUUGUAUUGGAUUCCAAAGACCCCAGAUAUCCAGAAGGAUCUAGAGUCGUCUCUCACCAAGGCUGGUGUGACCACAGCGUCGUUAAAACGAGCGAAGGUGAAGCGACUUUAGGCUUAAACACUGUUUACAAGCUUCCCGAUUUAAAGGGUAUGUCCAAUUCUCUGGGGAUCGGAGCCAUUGGCAUGCCGGGAGCGACUGCGUACUUCGGGUUUCUGGAAUUAUGUCAGCCGAAAGCAGGCGAGACGGUGGUGGUAACUGGUGCUGCUGGAGCAGUGGGUUCCAUCGUUGGACAAAUCGCCAAAAUCAAAGGUUGUACAGUCAUCGGUUUCGCUGGCUCCGACGACAAGGUGGAAUGGCUCGAGAAGGAGUUGGGUUUUGAUAAAGCUUUCAAUUAUAAAACUGUGGACAUCAUGAAUGCUCUGAAGGAAGCUGCGCCUAAAGGAGUGGACUGCUAUUUUGAUAACGUUGGAGGGGAAAUAAGUAGCCAGAUCAUUUCUCAAAUGAACCUCUUUGGACGAGUUGCCGUCUGUGGAAGUAUAAGUGCAUACAACGAAGAUCUACUGAAUACACCAAAAGCCGCUAUAAUUCAGCCGAGCGUAGUGUCAAAACAGUUGAAAAUCGAAGGUUUCAUCGUUUCGCGUUGGCUUCCGCGUUGGCCCGAGGCGUUCGCGGACCUGAUAAAGUGGGCAAAAUCUGGUCAACUGAAGACUAGAGAGCACGUUACUGAGGGCUUCAACAACAUCUACGAUGCCUUUGUAGGAAUGUUGGCUGGUGAGAAUACUGGUAAAGCUGUCGUUAAAGUCUAAUUGUAAAAUAUAAAAAUUACCUAUUACACUUAA